AUGGAAUCAUCACUUAUAUAUGUUAUAAUUUUACUUUUGAAGAUAUUUGAAUUUUCAUCAGGAGUAGUAUAUAAUAAAGAUGUUACGGAGAAACGUUUUGCUUGUUCUAGCAAAGGGUUCCCCAAAGUGAAUGAAAUAAUCAAGUUGUAUCUUUCCUCAGAAAACUUGAAAAUCCAGUGUUUUUUCCAAACUGAAAAUGAGAUUUCUUCAAAGGCAAUGCUGAGUGUGUUCACCUCAGGAGGACUUGCUCCCAGCUUGGGAAUCAUGAAUAGUACAUAUAAUGGCAUCUUCCACUUUAAUUUAUCAUUGUUUAGUGACCGGGUUUUCUGGUUGAUUGAUAUUCCUAGAGAAAACAUCACACAAAACACAGAUAUUGCAGCUGUAGAAGAAUGGUUAGUAAGGAUCACUUUACAUCAUGGAUUAAAUAUUUAUGCUACUGAAGGAACACUAUUGGAUAGUGUUAGAGAACCUAUUCUUCAGUGGGCUCUUGGGAUUAUGAUUUCAGAAAGUGAGGUCAGUAAAUUAUAUCCACAUGUGAUAGGUCUCAAAGUGACAAAAUGCCCCUGUGCCAAUGAUGUAGCACUACUAGGCUUCAUUUUGAAUACAACACUUGAUGGUGUUUACAUAGGUCUAACCUUUUCUGGAUUUUGGAAUUAUCGUGAUACUACAUGGUAUAACUUGACAGAUAGUAUCUAUUUUCACCUCCGAGAAGAAUAUGCAUACCUUUCAGUGGUGGAUAUGGUUUUAACAAAUCAUUUUUUAGUUAUCCUCACAACUCUGGGUCUUUUUGUAAGUGAAGAUCUUCGUUAUCCAUCACAUCAAGUCUUAAUGCUUUCAAGGGCAGACUUUUGUGGUUUUGAAAGGGUUGACUAUGUCAAAGGAAAAUUAUGGUAUAAUGAAAGAUGUUUUGCUAACAGAGAACACUUUGAAGUUGAUUAUGUUACUAUCACCUUUGAAAGAAACAGGACCCUAAGUGAGUCAAGCUCUUGUUUUUAUAGUAAAGAACCAUUUCUUGAAUGGUUACCUUGCUUACCUUACGUUUUAAAAGGAAAGAAACAUAUUCCUCCAAGUGUGCUGACAUUUCUUGUUGACGAAGAGCACAAUACUGGAGUUUACCUCUUCUACAACCAGGUAGGCUGCGUAUCCCAGAAAAUUGCCAGUGCCUCUGUGAACCUCCUAAAGAAUAACCAACCAAAUUUACAACCAAAAUUUCCACCUUUCCAAUUUCCUUCAUCGUUCUCAUCUCCUGUUGGAAUGGUAUUUCAUCCCCGAAGCCACUUUCUAUAUGCUUAUGGCAAUCAGGUAUGGCUUUCAGUUGAUGGCGGCAACACCUUUGAAUUAUUAGCUGACUUUCAUGAUGAUAUUAUAAAGAAGACUUUUCAUAGUUUUUAUUCUUCAGAUAUUACUUUUGUUUCCCAAAGUGGAAAGGUUUACUUGACAAAGGCAGGAUUAGGAAGAUAUAGUGAAAUUGGAGAUAUUACUGAUAAAGUUUUCACAUUAUACUAUGAUCACUUGGGAUUCAUACAUAAACUGACUCCAGAUCACUUUGAAGCUGGUGGACCACCUGCAGCCUUUGGAAAUUCUAGAAGUAUUUUUGGUCAGGCUCCUGAUAUGGGCUUCGGGACUGCACUUGCUCCACAGUUUAUCUCCUUAAAUGAAAUGAUCUUUUUUGCAUAUGUACCUGAAAGUGAACCUCAGGAAACCUUAUACACCAAGAAAUUCAACAAUAUGCACUAUGGAAAAGUGAUAAACUCUGGGAAAACUGGGAAAGCUUACAUAAGAGAAGUACUGCAACAUGACACUCCUAAAGGAUUUUUGUCCUCGGCUAUUGCAGAAAUGAUAGAGCCUUUUGCAAUAGAAGAAGCAAAUGAGAGCUCUUGUUUGUCUAGUUCCCUUUCUGUUAGUUAUGCUGGAAAUUCCUUCUAUAAACUUACUCUUGAUUUACAAAUUGCUAAUGCCUUAUUUGAAGACACAGAUAUAGAGAAAACUGUGGUGAUUCCUGGUCACAGCAGCUUCCUGAUCACAAGCAUUGUAGAUAAUAAGAAUGCAUUAGCUAUUGCUACAAUGCCUAACAGAGUACCCAGCAAUGUGACCUUUCUACAGGACUCCUGGUUUUUAUACAAUUUUGGACAAAGGAAUGGACGAACAUGGACUAUAUAUUCAAAACCGUGUAAUUAUUGGUUUCAACAUAAUGAGUCACUAUCCAUCAAUGUCGUGAAAUACAUUGAUCUGGGAAACUCUCAGGUUUUAAAAGUUAAAAUCAUACCUAAUGCAAAAGGUCUUCGAAUACUUCAAGUACCACUACUGAAAGUGUUAGUUGGAAACCCAACUUUGUUGGAAUUUAAGGCUUACGGCACUUUUGAUGAUACUGAUAGUUAUCUAAUGAAAAUUUCUGUAGCUAGCAAAGCUUUACGUCAAGGUUCAACUUCACUGGCAUUUAUUGUCUGGGGAGCGUCUGCUGAGUGCUUUGUUACAACAAUCGUGCCAACGUUGAAAAGCAGCUGUAGUUAUCUCAGAUCUAUGUACCACAUUCCUAGCACAUUUAUCCCGCUUGAAGACUGGAUUAGUGGAGUUCACAGAGACAGUCAGGGUUUUAACCUAAUCAAAACUUUGCCGAUAAACUACAGGCCUCCAUCUAAUAUGGGAGUUGCUAUUCCACUCACAGAUAAUUUUUAUCAUGCAGAUCCUAGCAAACCCAUACCAAGAAAUCUAUUUUACAAGUCAAAGAAAGCUGGUAAAUUCAAACAGUGUGCUAAUGUUUCUACUCGGGAGGAGUGUAACUGCACAAAUGAUCAGAAGUUUUCACAUGCUGUUGCUUUCUCAGAUUGCAGGGAAAAGGUUCCUCGUUUUAAGUUUCCAGUUACACAAUAUCCGAUUUCUUUGGAAAUUUUUAAUAAGAAUGGAUAUGUCCCAGUGAAAUCUCCAUAUCUGGUUACUGUGACUGAAGUGAAUAUGAGGAAAAACUGGAAACUAAAACAUACUGUACCAGACAAUGUUCAAAAACUGAGAGAUUAUUUAGAACCAGUUCUUCAUGCUUCAGUGUAUAAUCCUUUAGGUCUCAAUUUAAGUAUAAAGGGCUCUGAGCUUUUUCACUUUCGAGUGACUGUUAUUCCAGGGGUCACUUUUUGCAACUUAGUUGAAGAAUUUCAGAUUUAUGUUGAUGAAGUACCAUUGCCAUUUCCAGGACACACUCUUAUUGCUGUCGCAACAGCGGUAGUGUUAGGUGGAUUAAUUUUUACAACAUUUAUGUUUCACAUGCGUGGCAUCUACCCAUGGAAGGCAUUCCAAAAAUGGCUUAGAGGAAACAAAGUGGACUCAUCAAAUAUUUCUAUCAGUGAAAUUAUUGAUAGCUGAAAAUCUGAAUAGUGAACAAGUGAUAAUUAUAAUUCCUCUUUAUUUUCUAGUUUUAUCAAACAAUUCCUAGAACAAUAUAUUUAAAUGUUAAAU